AGUCUCCGCCUCAGAUAUAACAUAAUCGUGCCGUCUCUUUCAUUUUGAAUUCCGGCGAUCGGUUGGGCUAUUCACCGACGAAAUCUCGAGGUUCUCAAUGGCAAGUGGGAUUGGGGAAUCAGCAAGCAGACCUCCCCACGGUCCCUCUUGCUCUAGCAACAGUGGUAAUGGUGAGGCUGGUGAUUUCGAAUGCAAUAUCUGCUUUGAGUUGGCUCAAGACCCAAUUGUGACUUUAUGUGGUCAUCUUUUCUGCUGGCCAUGCCUUUACAAGUGGAUUCAUAUUCAUUCUCAUUCUCAAGAAUGCCCUGUUUGUAAGGCCCUUAUUGAGGAGGAGAAGCUGGUACCUUUGUAUGGAAGGGGGAAGUCAUCAACUGACCCUAGAUCAAAAUCCAUACCAGGUGUUAAUAUUCCUAAUCGUCCAUCUGGACAGAGACCUGAAACUGCCCCUCCCCCUGAACCAAACUAUUUUCCUCAGAGUGGAUUUGGAUUCACAGGAGGGUUUGGAGGUCUUGCACCAGCAGCAACUGCACGGUUUGGGAAUUUUACACUACCUGCAGCUUUUGGAGGUUUCAUACCAUCGUUUAACCUACAGGCGCAUGGAUUUCCUGAUGCUACUAUGUUUCGUGCAGCCACUGGGGUUCCAUUCGGCUUUUCAAAUUCAUAUCACAAUGGUCAUGCCCAUGUGCUUCAUCGUCGUCGCUAUUAUCACACUGGUCAAGGCCAGCAGGAUUACUAUUUGAAGAUGAUUUUUUCAGUUGUUGUUUUUUGUGUUCUUCUUGCAUUGUUUUUGCAAUAGAUAAAAUCUGCUAUCAAGGCUUAUAUUGCUAAUGGUAAUGGAUGUUAGGAUGGUGGGUGAGUGUCAAAUCACUCUUCUGCAAAUCUCUUGCUGAAUUUUGUGUUUUCUGUUUUGUAAUUGAGGGAAUGGGAAUUGUCCAUAUCAUACUUUCAGUAAUUUUAAGCUCCUUGGAUGUUUGCCUCAACUUGUUCUGUAACUUAUUGUUUCCGUUACUAAGAUGUAAAACCAUAUGCAUUCUCUUUUAGUCUUUUAUACAGUUCAAAGACCAAUCAAUGCAGGUCCAAUGAACUUUCUGUCACCAUUGAUUAUGUGGCUGUUGAGCUUUUUGUAUGUUAGUAUAAUUCCAAGUUUAGUUAUGUCUUAGGUGAAUUUGUUUCUGUAAACAAUGCUGUGGGUUUGACUAAAUAUUUGGAUAGAAUAGCUGCAUCGUAUUUUAUUGUUCUUAAUGUUUUGCUCUACUUUAAAGGCUAAGAAAUAUUAAUUGAGUGUGCUCUUUGUUAUACCUUCAUCAUAGUUUUGUCUGUUCUGAGGAAUACCUCUUUUACAUCCUGGGCUGCAUUGUUUUAAGGCUCAGUGCAAGUUUCUGCAUGGCUGUUAAGCGUUACUGUGUAAUCAUGCAAAUUCUCAAGUCUGGUGCUUGAGUUGAAGCUUUGGUAUUAAGGAUUGUUUGGUUAGUACAGUGCCUUGCAGGGAAGUUUCUGUCUGUUUCAGGAAGUAAUUUCAGAAUGGAUUCUUUGCUCUAGGAUGGACUUUUUGCCAUUGUUUGUCCUUGUACACUGAUAAAUGUUUGUACAUGUCUAUGUUGUCAUUCUGAUUGUUUAGCUGCCAGAUGAGGUGUAACACUGAGAUAUUAGGAGUAGUUUCUUUUAUUUGGAAGUAAAAGGUUCUUUUUUUCUUCUUUUUUUUUGGUUUUGGGAACUGGUAAUUUAGUAGAAUUGAAUCCCAUUGUGAAAUUCAUUUGUGAAUUCUUGCUGAGUUAUUGAGAUGUAAAUAAAGCUACAAUAAAAUAAUUAGAAGCUUCGAUGGAGGUGCAUGUGGUCUGCCUACUUCUAGGAUUCCGGUUUGGUGUUUUGUGAGUUUUGUCUGAAAGAGCGGAAUGAUCGUAUGAUUCCUACCUACUGCUACUUCAGUAAAUAAAUAAUUUAACU